CGGCUGCAAUCAUAUACCUGUAGGCGAAAACUGAAAAUCUGAACCAGGCAUCCGCGUUGUUCGCAAUCGCAUUGCCGUAUUCCACAAGGAAGCAGCGCCUGCCGCAUUGCUGCUGCGGUUGUUGCUGGUGUGCAGUUAACGAACACCGUAAUAAUGUUCGGCCUUGUAUUAGCUUCCUUGAUCUGCUCAUGCUACGGCAUUGAAUUGGCCAAUGUCCAUCAGACGAAAGGAGCCGCCGCCGACAAACCGGUGGAGAUUAGUUGGGGCACCAAUGACACGCACGUCGAAGUACAGCUGUCCUAUCCGACACUGGGCUGGCUGGCCAUGGGACUAUCACCCGACGGCGGUAUGGACCAAUCCGAUGUCUUGUUCGGAUACUUUGACGAUCAGACCAAUGACAUUAUCGUGCAGGAUCGUUACUUGCAAGCCAACACGGCCAAACAUACCGUCAACUUGAGCCUGGAUGACCAACAAGAUUGGCAGAAGAUAUCCGGCUCAAAAAAUGGAACCUACACGGUUUUACGGGCCGUACGCCGGCUGAAAACCUGCGAUAAUGCCGACCGUCCCUUCCAGAAUAUCCUUCAACACGUCAUCUACAGUCUCAACAAUAAACCGCCGUCCAGUCCCACCGCAAAAAUUCAAUAUCACAACUUCCGCUUCUCCACCAGCAUCAAUUUUAUCGCGCCGGACCAGAUGGCGGAACGCGCGAUGCCCUUGAAUCAAACGGGAAUUAAUAAGGAACUGCAAUUUACCAUCGGCAAUGUAUCCGUAACCGGCAACGAAGACACCGUAUACUGGUGCGCCCUUCAAAAGAUCCCCGUGCUGGAGAAAAAAUAUCAUGCCGUUGCGACCCAACCCCUGAUGGACCCCAAGAACGUGGUCAGCAUCCAUCAUAUGCUGGUGUACUCUUGCGACAACAUUCCAGAGGAUGCACCCGAAUUGAAGCAGGUUAAAUUCACAUGCAAUCCGGCUGAUGGAUCACCGUUUCUUAUGAAAUACUGUCCGGGUUUGCUGGGCGGCUGGGCCAUGGGCGCCGAGGACGUGCAUCGGUUCCCGAAAGAAGUUGGUCAACCCUGGGGACCGGAAAUGUCCGGAAAGUACGCAUUAGUCCAGGUUCAUUAUAACAAUCCGGAUCGUCGAUCGUUCGUCGACAAUUCGGGAAUGAAGUACCUGCUAACGGAUAAGCUGCGACAGUAUGAUUCCGGAACGCUCAUGACCGGCAUACUCAGUUUGGACUUUACGAUGACCUUACCACCAGGCCAGAAAGUUUUCAAUAUCCAAGGACAAUGUCCGGAGUUCUGUACGAACUCGCUUCCGAAGGAAGGAGUUACCAUAUUCUCCAGCGCGAUUCAUAUGCACACACGAGGUCUGAGUGGCGUGGUGCGUCACUUCCGUGGCUCUCAGGAGCUGCCAAUCAUCGAUAUUAAUCCCAAAUACGACUUCAACUACCAGACAGCCCGACCGGUCCUGCCAUUCAGAAAAUUCUUACCGGGCGAUCGGAUUGUCCUGGAGUGCAAUUUCACUACGGAGAACGACAUUCAACCUGUCUUUGGCGGUGAAGGUUCCAUGGAGGAAAUGUGCCUGGCUUUUCUCAUGUACUAUCCUAAAGCCGGAUUGAAUGCGUGCGGAACGAAAUUCCGUGCUGCAGACUACUUGGCCAUGAUGGCGCAACCACGGCCUAAUCAAUCGGCAUUCCUGCCUAAAAUUACGCCGGACAUCGCUAAAAUCCUCAUGACCGGCACCAGCGAAAUGAACGAAGCGCACCGAUCCAUCGUCAAAAAUAUUCAGCCGCAAGCUCAAAAGUACUUUAGCUCGCGCACCUGGAGCGAAGAGGACGCCAAACCGCUGCAUGAUUUCUACACGAGGGGCGUUAAUUACAUGAGCAUAUGCAUAUCGCAGGGAAAUCACUCGGUGUCGAUGACCGACAAUCCGCCCGUGAUCGACCGAUGGGCGCCCAAGAGGAGCGAUACCUGCGAUCAGCCAUAACACGUCUGUAGUUGUGGAAAUCAUUCUUUUGCAUGCAAAUUAAAAUAUUUCUGCAGCAAAAAUAAAGUUUUUAUAUCUGG